AUGGCACAGCCUGUUCACACUCACCUUCCAAGGGUAGAAAGCGUCCAAACCUAUGGCAAGAAAAAGCACGCUCAAGCAGUCGCUUUAAUUACAAAAGGAAAAGGCAUGAUCAGAGUUAAUGGUGUCCCACUUCACCUUGUCGAGCCACAAACCCUCAGAGUGAAAGUGCUGGAGCCUAUUCUAUUGCUUGGAGAAUCUCGCUUCAGCAAGGUUGACUUCAAAAUCAGAGUUCAUGGCGGUGGUUACGUAAGCCAAAUCUACGCAGUCCGACAAGCAAUAGCCAAAGGAAUCAUUGCAUUCUACCAAAAAUAUGUAGAUGAAGCAUCCAAGAGGCAAAUCAAAGAAAUGAUUUUGGCUUACGACAGAAGUCUGCUGGUGGCUGAUCCUAGAAGAAAAGAGCCAAAGAAGUACGGUGGCCCAGGCGCAAGAGCAAGAAGACAAAAGAGUUAUCGUUAA